CGCUGUGUCGCUGAACGUGUGACGUACGGCUUCCGGUUCCCGGGGAAGAAACUGGGAAACAUGGCUACUGCGGGGCCCCCGAGACCGAGCGAGGAACCGGAGGAGGAGGAAGAGGAGGACGAGGCGCCCGAAGAGGAGGAAGAAGAGUACACAGUGCUGCCCCUGGUACAUGACAUCAUUAAAUGUAUAGACAAAGAGAGCCAGGAUCUUUACCAGGAACUUAACGAUCUCAAGAACAAGUUCCAAACCAUGAAAAAACUGGUCAAUGGCAUGCCUGGUAUCGACCUGAAUCCGGAUCAACAGCAACAGCAUCUGCAGAGUCUGCGGCAACAGGUCCAGACCAAGAAUGAACUUCUUCAAAAGUACAAGAGCCUCUGCAUGUUCGAAAUACCGAAAGACAACCUGUAGCUGUGCAGUCCUUUUUGUAAUAUGACUUCCAUAGAGAUGGUGGAUUAAACACUUGUCUCCGAAAUCCCAUUCAAACUUUGAAAAAGCAACUGGGAGAACUUCGGAAGAUGUCAUCGAUGUUGCCUCAGAAAAACCUGUGGAUGGUUCCCCAGUACUGGGGGUAGCUGGUACAGAUAAAUUACAGCUGAGCUUGAGAUAAUAUUUAAUAAUGAGACACUGUGGGCGAACGGCAUAACCUGUUUUUGAAACACAAGACAUCUUGCCAUUGAUUGGUAAUCCGUUUAAACCUGCAAGACAGUGUCACGGUGCUGAACGCUCUAUAGAAUGGGAAUGACUACGAAUGACCUUUUCCAUAGGAUUGUGUUUGUUUUAUGUUUUGUAUCUUUAUUUUGACCAAUAAGAAAUGUUUUGGUAUCCAACCUAUUUUUCAUUCUUGUUAAAUGUUUGGAGCACACUGGUAUCCUGAAAAUUAAACUUUAAAAUUAAACAAUAGGGUUUAAAUACUAUGUAUUUAUGCUAAAAUAAUUACAUCUAUACAACUUAAACAGGUUUCACCCCUUUCAGCGUUAAAGGUGGCAAAUGAUAGAGCUGUUACUGCAAUAGGAGAUUUGACAACUGGUUAAAAUUCAUUAAAAAAAAUAUUAAAAUGUAAUCUCUGCUUUUGUAGGGAUGACAUAUUUCCCAGCAUAAACAGGUUGAUCAUUCUUACCCAUCUUUGUGCUAUAAAUUUUGUAUGGGA